AUGGGUCAAACUCUAAGUGAACCGAUUACGUCAAAGAAUUCCCAAAAAGUUGAAAAUAGUACUUAUUCGGUAGGAUCUAGUUCAAUGCAAGGAUGGCGUAUAAAUAUGGAAGAUGCUCAUGUUCAUUUAUUAUCAUUACCAGAAGAUAAAAAUUGUGCUUUCUUUGCUGUUUAUGAUGGACAUGGAGAGCAAGGAAAUAUUGAAAGUGCGAUACGAAAAGGAUUUAUUGAAUUUGACAAGGAAAUGUCACAAGAUGAUGAGAUGCGAGAGGACUUGGCUGGUACAACAGCGUUGAGUGUUAUAAUCAAAGAUCAAAAGUUAUACUGUGGGAAUGUGGGUGAUUCACGAGGAAUUGCUUCCGUAAACGGAAAUGUUGAGUUGUUAUCAAUUGAUCAUAAGCCGAAUAAUGAUGAUGAACGAAAGCGAAUAACAUCCGCAGGAGGAUGGGUUGAAUUCGGUCGUGUUAAUGGCAAUUUGGCGUUGUCACGAGCAUUGGGCGAUUUUAUAUUUAAACGCAAUACCGAUAAACGUCCCGAAGAACAAGUGGUUACAGCAUAUCCCGAUGUUAUGGUUAAAGAUGUAACUGAAGACUGGGAAUUUAUACUAUUAGCAUGUGAUGGAAUUUGGGAUGUAUUGAGCAAUGAAGAAGUACUAAAAUUUGUUCGUGCAAGAAUAGCACAGCAAAUGCAACCUGAGAAAAUUUGUGAAGAAUUAAUGACACGCUGUUUGGCUCCAAAUUGUCAAAUGGGUGGUUUAGGAUGCGACAAUAUGACAGUUGUAUUAAUCUGUUUAUUACAUGGCCAAUCUUAUGCUUCAUUAGCCGAAAAAUGUUCCAAAGGCAUGUCGAAUGGUGAUGCCAACACUACAGAUUCGAAAUAA